UGGAAGACGUCAACAUUGUUCUCGGCCGCUGAACUGUUAUUCCUUUGUUUUAUUUGGCAUUUUAGUUGUUUAUGGUUUGUUUUUGAAGACUUGGUUCGUCAUGGUACGACUGCAGAUAUAAGCAGCAGAGGCUCAGAAAAUUUUCACCAUGAGUAGCCGAAGGAAGAGGGCCCCUCCUGUGAGGGUGGACGAAGAUGCCAAGAAGAAGCUGGAGUGGAACAUGGUGGACGACCGCAGGGACGAGGGGACCCAGGAAGACGCCGAGACUCCGUCCUGCUCCGCGCUCUCGGCAGACCGUCCUCCCUCUCCUCUCAUCCCCGAGGCCGUCGGCACGCGCGGCCUCCGGUCUUCAGAAGAGCUUCCCAGCACGUCCUCGGACGGCCCCUGUGCCUCCGCCUCCCUGGCGCUCUCCGUGCUGCCGGCCUGGAAGCUGACGGGCCACGUCUGGAAAUGCCUCAUCUGGGAGUUUGCAGUCCGGCCGGCUUGGCUCCCGCCCGGUUACGAGCGGAGAGACUUCACCCUCCACAGGGUGGGCGAGCAGCUCUGCCUGACCUACGGCAGCUGCGACGAGGGCUCCGACCUCCAGCCGGGGCCCGAGGAGGAGAGUUGCACGGCCGAGUGCAGUCUCAGCAGGAUCCCGCUGGAGGAUCUGGACUGGCUGCAGAAGAGGAGGGUGGUGCAGCUCUGCCACCAGACCAAAGAGCAGGCAGUCAAGGUGGGGAUUUAUCUCCUGGAAACGGGGCUGGGAAAGCCGGAGUUCCUCAGCGAGGGAUACUCCCGGCUGAAGAAAGCCAAUCAGCUGAUGCAGAAAUUAAUGGAAUAUUUCUACGAUUUCAUCAUUCCAGAAGUUGUAGACCACGAGGAGGAGGAAUGUGACACGGACUUGGAGAGGCAGAACGUGGAGGAGCUGUACGACUACGUCCGGCAUCAGCACCAGAGAGAGAGCCAGGAGUCGCCGUACGACGUCCAGCACAAAGCUCUGAUCCCGGUGCUGAGGCCGUACCAGAGCCAGGCCGUCAACUGGAUGCUGAGGAGGGAGAAGUACAGGAACGCCUCGCCAAAAGAGCAAUCGCUUCAUUUCCUUUGGCGGGAGUUGGUCACUUUGUGUGGCAAGAAGUUGUUUUACAACCCGUUCACUGGCUGCCUGAUCCGGGAGUUUCCGCUCGCCGGCGUGGAGUGGCCCGGGGGGAUCCUGGCCGAUGAGAUGGGGCUCGGAAAGACGGUAGAAGUGCUGGCGCUCAUCCUGUUUCACACCCGGCAGGACGUGGAGCAGGAGGCCCUCACGCUGCCCGUGGGAAAAUCUGUGAAUUAUUUUGUUCCUCCUCCUCCGCUGGAAAGGGAGAAGACUGUACGUCGCAAGCCCAAAGCUCCGGCGAAGCUCAAGCUGUCCUGCCCAACCAUCCGCGUCAUGCUCAUCACCGCCAUAAAGGAGAUGCGAUCCGGCAAAGGAGCCUCGAUCAACGCCGUGCUCGCCUACGUCCAGGACACUUACGGCUACGACAUAAGGAACGCAGGGUCGAAGACCCGCAACCACAUCAAGAAGACGCUGGCCAAGCUGGUCCGGGAGGGCAUGGUGGAGCAGAUCAAAGGUCGCGGCCUGGGCGGCUCCUUCAAGCUGGGGAAGAAGUUCAAGAGAAACGAGAAACUCUCCGCUGUAACCGCCAAGUUUAGCAAGCGCAGGAGGACGAUUAAGCGCCGAGCCAAGGAGAAGGCCGAAGCGGCGCUGCAGAACUCCCUCUCCGAAGAUCCUCUGGAUCUGAGCCCUCCGUCCGAGUGUUCGUCUGCCGAGGAAACCAAGGGAUGGGAUGAAGGUCUGAACGAGACGGCCGAUCCAGCGGAUAUCUCCCGGGAUAAAAGCGAGCCAGACACGCCCAGGAGAAGAAACGAAGAACCGGUCUCGGCGCUGGAGUCGAAGGAGGAGGCGGAGGUCAAACCCCCCACCAGAGCCUCCGUGGUGCCGUUCAACACCCCCGACUACCGCUUCGAGUGCAUCUGCGGGGAGCUGGGCCUGGUGGACUACAAGGCCCGGGUGCAGUGCAUGAACUGCCAGCUGUGGCAGCACGCCGACUGUGUGAACUACAAGGAGGAGAGUGUGAGCACCACGCCCUUCUACUGCCCACACUGCCUGGUGGCCAUGAAGCCGGUGGCCACCGGGGCCACGCUCAUCAUCUCCCCCAGCUCCAUCUGCCACCAGUGGGUGCAGGAGAUCAACCACCACAUCAGGUCGUCCUCGCUGCGGGUGCUGGUCUACCAGGGCGUGAAGAAGCACGGCUUCAUCCAGCCCCGCAUGCUGGCGGAGCAGGACGUGGUCAUCACCACCUACGACGUGCUGCGCUCCGAGCUCAACUACGUCGACAUCCCGCACAGCAACAGCCGGGACGGCCGCCGCUUCCGCAACCAGAAGCGCUACAUGGCCGUGCCCAGCCCGCUGGUGGCCGUGGAGUGGUGGCGCAUCUGCCUGGACGAGGCCCAGAUGGUGGAGUGUCCCACUGCCAAGGCUGCAGAAAUGGCCCUGCGUCUUGCGUCCGUCAACCGCUGGUGCGUCAGUGGCACCCCGGUCCAAAGAGGGCUGGAAGAUCUGUACGGCCUCGUGCUCUUCCUCGGCGUGGACCCGUACUGGGUCAAACACUGGUGGGAACGCCUGCUGUACCGCCCGUACCGCCGAGGGAACUCGGAACCUCUGUACGCCGUGAUCGCUCAGAUAUUAUGGCGGUCGGCUAAAAAAGACGUCAUCGAUCAGAUUCAGAUCCCCGCCCAGACGGAGGAGGUGCACUGGCUGCACUUUUCCCCCGUGGAAGGACACUUCUACCACCGCCAGCACGAGGUCUGCUCCCAGGACGCUCUGGUGAAACUCAGGAAGAUCUCCGACUGGAGCCUGAAGCUGGGCAGCCUGGACCGCCGCACCGUCAACACCAUCCUGUACCCGCUGCUGCGGCUGCGGCAGGCCUGCUGCCACCCGCAGGCCGUCAGGGGCGAGUUCCUGCCGCUGCAGAAGAGCACCAUGACGAUGGAGGAGCUGCUCAAGUCCCUGCAGAAGAAAUGUCGAGUGGAGUGUGAAGAAGCUCACAGACAAUUGGUGUGCGCUCUCAACGGUCUGGCCGGCAUCCACAUCAUCAGAGGUGAGUUCGUGGAGGCGGUGGAGAUGUACCGAGAAGUGCUGCGGUCGUCCGAGGAGCACAAAGACCGGCUGAAAACGGACUCGUUACAGAGGCUUCAUGCAACACACAACUUGAUGGAACUGCUCAGUGCAAAGCACCGUGGGAUUCCCCCGACCCUCAGAGACGACCGACUAAGUGAAGAGGCGGAGCAUCUGCGGCAGCACUACAUGACCAAGUACGACUCCGAGGUGGCGGACGCCCAUCAGGCCCUGCAGCCGGUGCUGCAGAACAUCAAGGAGCUGAAGCGGAAAGUGGAGCUGAACUCGCCCUGGUGGCUGGAGGUCGUCCAGAAGGCGAUCCGCGGCUCCACCGACGACGACCUGGUGUCCCGGGUCAAGAACGAGCUGACGUGCAGCUACAAGCAGCAGGCCAACAAGCUCUCCAUGUUAGACAAGUUCCGCGACGCCCGCGGCCUCCAGCUUAUUCUCACCGUGCAAAUGGAAGACCUGAUGAAGUCGCAGAAGACGGUGCAGGACGCGGUGAGGAGUCUGGAGGGUCCGGCCUCCAAGAAGGUGAUCGAGGAAGCCGUCGUCUGCCACCUCCGGCCCAUGCGGCUGCCGCUCAACAACUGUGUUUUCUGCAAAGCAGACGAGCUCUUCACGGACUACGAAUCCAAGCUGUUUGCUCACACUGUGAAGGGUCAGACGGCGAUCUUCGAGGAGAUGAUCGAGGACGAGGAGGGGCUGGUGGACGACCGCCUGCCCACCACCAGCCGAGGCCUGUGGGCCGCCAGCGAGACGGAGCGCAGCCUGAAGGCCAUCCUGUCCUUCGCCAAGCUCAAGCGCUUGGACCCGCAGCUGGUGGACGAGGGCAACACCUUCAUGGAGCUGUUCGAGCACUGGAAGAAGGAGUACAAGGUGCUGCACGAGUACUGGAUGGUGCUGCGCAACCACGUGUCGGCCAUCGACGAGCUGGGCAUGGCCACGGAGCGGCUGCGCAUGCGUCUGCCGGACGAGCCCAAGCCCAAGCUGCUGCACAUCAUAGAACCGCACGAGGUGGAGCAGAACAGGGCCAAACUUCUCAACGACCAGGCCGUGGCCAAGUCUCAGCUCCAGAAGAAGCUCGGCCAGUUUCUGUACCUCACCAACCUGGAAAAGUCGCAGGACAAGCCUACCGGAGGGCUGAACCCGGAGCCGUGUCCCAUCUGCGCCCGCCCGCUGGGCCAGGAGUGGGCGGUGCUGACCUGCGGCCACUGCUUCUGCAACGGCUGCAUCGCCAUCAUCGUGGAGCAGUACAGCGUGGGGAUGAGGCGCCGCGCCAUCAAGUGUGCCAUCUGCCGGCAGACGACGACCCACGCGGAAAUCUCCUACGUCUUCACCACCCAGUCGUCCAGCCAGGACCAGGACAUACCGGUCAUGGGAAGCCAUUCCACCAAGGUGGAGGCGGUGCUGAGGACGCUCAAGAGGAUUCAAGUGACCGACGCCGGCGCCAAAUGCCUGGUCUUCUCCACGUGGCAGAGCGUCCUGGACAUCAUCGCCAAGGCGCUGUUCGACAACAACAUGGAGUUUUCACAAAUCAACGGGAUUAAAAAGUUCCAGGAGAAUCUGAGUUCUUUCAAGUAUGAAGACAAGAUCAACAUUCUUCUGCUUCCUCUCCACACGGGCUCCAACGGGCUGAACAUCAUCGAGGCGACACACGUGCUGCUGGUGGAGCCGAUCCUCAACCCGGCUCACGAGCUGCAGGCCAUCGGCCGGGUGCACCGGAUCGGCCAGAGCAAGCCAACGUUCGUCCACAGAUUCCUCAUCAAAUCCACUAUUGAGGAGAGAAUGCAGGCGAUGAUGAAGACGGCGGAAAAGAGUCACACCAGCUCAACCCUGAAGCACUCGGAGGCGGCGGUGCUGACGGUCGCCGACCUGGCCGACCUGUUCACCGAAGACACUGAACAUCUGGAGGGAAUGUAAACAGCAGCCCACACUUCCACCACAGAGGUGCCGGAAGUACUCCCACUGUGCACAUUCUGUUAUUCCUCAGUUUUUAUAAGCAACAAUAAAUUAUGAAAUGCAUUUCCAAGAAGACUUUUUAGCAAACCAGUCGUAACAUGUCACAGCAUGUUUUUUUUUUUUGUUGUUUAUUUUUUAAGUGUAUUGAAGGUUUUCAAUCUUUUGUAUUUGGGUAUCUCGUCGUCCUGGUUGUCGCUCGUUUAACUCGCCUGUACAGUGAUGUUGUUUGUUGUUUGUGAUGUAAUCGUGUAUUUCUGUACAACCUCACUGUACGACAAACGGAUGAAAAUAGUUUACGCACAAAAAAAAAACUCUGUUUUUCUCACAACAUUCAGGAAAUAAAAGUCUGUCCAUGACAGGAUGCCAGCCUGUAAAUGACCACGGUGCUUUUUUUUUUUUUUUUUUUAACUUUAUUUUUAGUUUUAUAAUAAAGAAUUUUAUGUGCUGUAAAAAACAUGACAUA